CCUAUAUAUCUUUGUCCUUCAUCGAUGUGGUUCCUAGUCAUGCGACGACGAUGCGUCGCAUGCCGACAGCUGGUGGUCGCAUCCCGACUGGUUGUCGUCGCAUGCCGACUGCCCAGCGUCGGUUGCUGACGUAAGAUUGGGUGAUUACCUAAUGUGCGUCCGUCAACCUUCGCUGACCCGCCCUUGUCCCUGGCCUGAUCAUGCGGCCUUGUUUGUGCUGCGCUUGUUUGUUACCUCAGCCCCAAACAGUUCCCCUGUUGGUCGGGCCGUCACAAAGGAGUCCAAAGGCAAAGAGUCUAAAGGCAAGCACCGCAAAGGUAAAGAGUCCAAAGGCAAGGAGUCCAAAGGCAAGGACCGCAAAGGCAAGGACAGCAAGCGUAGUAAACUACUGUUCACAAGUCCUGAAGCAGAUCUCGAAGCACACAACUUGGUGACUGUUCCCGCCUGCAGGCUGACAGGAAUUCAUAAAUCUCUAAGCCAGCCAAUCCUGUUAAAUCUGGACUCAGCGACCUUACUUGCAACUUCGCUUUCAUGCGCCCGUGCAUGA